CGGCCCCGCCGGACGCUGAAGACCCGGUGGCGGCGUGACAGAGGAACGCGGCGAGGAUGAGCUCCUUCCUCGAGUAUCCCGUCCUCGGCGGCGAGGCGGGGGGCUGCGCCGCCCGCGCCUACCACCCCGACCACGGGAUUACAACUUUCCAGCCCUGUGCCGUCAGCGCCGGCAGCUGCAGCGGGGAGGAUCGCUUCCUCACGGGCCGCGGGGUGCCCAUCAGCCCCCACCGCCACCACCACCCUCCGGCCCAGCCCGCCGCCUACCAGCACCACGGCGGCCUGGGGGUGUCCUACGCGCACCCCGGCUGCGGCCCGACCUACGGCGCGCAGGGCUUCGGACCGGCGUACGGCCCCUACCCCCUCGGGCAGGACGCGGAGCUGGGCGGCGGCUUCCCCCCCUGCGCCCCCGCCGUGUACUCGGGGAGCAUCUCCUCCGCCUCCGCCGCGCAGCACCCGCACCAGGGCUACGCGGGGGGCCCCGCUCAGUACGUGCCUCCCCCCUACGGGCAGGAGCAGCAGAACCUGCCCCUGGGCACCUACAACCAUGCCCUAUCUCCCCUCCACGCCGGCCACCGGGAAAACGCCCGCUCCCCCUCCACCGAGACGUCGCCGCCGGCGCAAACCUUCGACUGGAUGAAAGUGAAAAGAAACCCACCCAAAACAGGCAAGGCUGGCGAGUACGGCUUCGUGGGGCAGCCCAACACUGUCAGAACUAACUUCACCACCAAGCAGCUCACCGAGCUGGAGAAGGAGUUUCAUUUCAACAAGUACCUGACCAGGGCCAGGCGGGUGGAAAUCGCCGCCUCCCUCCAGCUCAACGAGACGCAGGUGAAGAUCUGGUUCCAGAACCGGCGGAUGAAGCAAAAGAAACGGGAGAAAGAGGGGCUGCUGCCCAUCUCCCCCGCCACCCCCACGGGCUGCGAGGAGAAGGUAGAGGACUCCUCGGAGAAGUCCUGCUCCUCGCCCUGCAGCGCCUCGCCCGCCUCCUCCGCCUCGGACACGCUCGCUGCCUCCAACUGAGACCCGGCGCGCCCCGACGGCCGCCCAUCGCGACGCUCCCGCCAGCGCAACUCGCGUCCGUUCACCGCGGUUAUGUCGAUCCUUCGGUCGCUCCCUCGGUCGGUCGGUGUCCCCGAGAGGUUCCGGCGCGCCUCGGGGAUGCCGGCUCCGCCGCCCGCUCGCCUCCCUGCCGCCGGGUCCCGGCGCCUUGGUGCCAAGAGAUUUUCUUUCGCCCCCCCCCCCCCCCGCCCCAACCCUUUCUGCUGGAGGAUCUGUAUUGGCACACGCGUAAGGGUCUCCCUCCUCCGGUGCAAGGACGCUCCUCCGAGUUUCCCUGAGUGAAAGACAGGUGAUCUAGGGUACAUAACCUCACAAAAAGAUGCACUAUUGCAAGUGUUUACACAACUUAUAGGACUUUCACCCCCUUAAUUUAAUGUAUUCUUUGUUCGUGUCUAUGAGUUUGUUGCUUGUAAAUACUUUGUCCGAGAGAUUUAUCUUUUUACAGAUUUUUCUAGAAAUGACGUUUCGAUUAUCAGGUUAAGCAGGGUGAGUGCAUUCGCCAAACUGGAUCCACUUUUAUAUUGGUAAAGCCAACGACCGUAUCAAGUAAACGUCUUAAGCUCAAGCAGAUACCUCAAAAAAAAAAAAAAAAAAGCGCUAUUUCUUUAAAUGUGACAAACAAGGCUUCAAUUGCACUAGGUUUUGUAAACCUUACCCAGUGUGCUUGCUCCCCCUUCCUUGCCCCCCUCCCCCCCAAGUUGUGCUGGAUUUAUACUCAACCAAAGGGUAUAACUGUCCAAAAGACCUCACCUCUUCCUGUUUUCAUAUUAACCUUCCUUUAGCCUCGAUGUCUUUUCAACCUACUUGUGAAUGUGACAAAUGGCCAAAUGAAUGUAUAAUUUCUGUGGUUGGUGUCUGGACCGUUGCAUGACGCACCGUGCUUUGCUGUACUGCGGGUAUACUGAGUUCUAUCAGUUGUCGUGUGUGAGCGAAAUGUCCUCCUGAUUUUCUGUACAAUCAUGAAAGGCUCUGGGAUUCCGCUGGUGAUGGAAGCCAGGGCAGGAUUUA